CCCAGCGCGGCCGGAAGGGGGACACUGGCUGGAGAGCACACAUCCGCUUUCUUUUGAACGCCGAGGUCUUUGCGUCCCGGAGAGCUGCUCCCGCCUUAUCCGCUGCGCUGGGUCCGGCCAGGGCUUCCCUUUCCCGCCUUAUGGCCGCCUCCGUAAACUUUAAAACUUGUGUGGAUCAGACUUGUAGAGCUGCUGAAGAGUUUGUCAACAUUUACUAUGAUACCAUGGAUAAAAGAAGAAGGAUGUUGACUAGACUUUAUCUGGACAAAGCAACAUUGAUUUGGAAUGGCAAUGCAGUGUCUGGGCAAGAAGCACUGAAAGAAUUUUUUGAAAUGUUGCCGUCUAGUGAAUUCCAGGUUAAUAUGUUGGACUGCCAACCUGUUCAUGAGCAAGCUACUCAAAGCCAGACAACAGUCCUUGUGGUGACAUGUGGGUCAGUAAAAUUUGAUGGCAACAAGCAACGUUACUUCACCCAGAAUUUCUUACUGACAGCACAAGCUACACCUACUAGCACAGUGUGGAAGAUUGCAAGUGACUGCUUCCGCUUUCAGGAUUGGGCCAGUUAAUGGGGACUGAAGUGAUGGCUUUCCUUCUCCAUUGCAUUACUUUAGGUCUCUGGACAGUCAUUCUCUAAAUGUGGAAGAUCUUUAUCCCUUCUCCUGUUGUGCUGUUCAUCCUGGAAAUACUGCAGAUCUGUUCUGUGCUGGUCCUGGUGAACCUGGACUUUCAUGGCAAAUGGUUUUUUUUGAAACAGAAGAAGUUUGCUCAAGUUAAUUGGGCUCCUAUGAAAUAUUUAACGCAGCAAGGCAGAGGGCAUUCCGUUCCUGAAGUUUGUGUUAGUGGUUCACUUAUGUAAUGUUGAAGUCAUUCCUGUAAAUGCCUUACACGCAACUAUCCUGUUUCUUCAGGAACUUUUCCAAUUCUAUUGAAUGCUAAAAUCUCCACUACUUGGACACUGAAUCCAUUCAUACAGAUGUGCGAUUAUUUCAGUUUAGAAACACCGGUUUUGAAGUUCUACACCUAUGACAGUGAGAAAUGGAAUUAGUUGUUGAUGUGACAUGUGAAUGAAACUUAGAACUGCUUAUUUUGAGCCUAGAGCUUGAACUGGCAACCAGAGGUUUUUUCUCCUGGCCACAUCAUAGUAAUUUCUCAUGAAUAGAAAGAGAUCCCACUACGAGUUCUAGCAUUGCCUAUGAACAUAUUAUGUGGUUUGGGGGAAUAAAAAAAAUGGCAAAUAUAGUUGUGCUUUCUGAUUCCUCUCCAAAAAUUGAAAAUAUAUGUCUUGAAUUUGUGUAAACUCUCAUAACGUCAUCUGUUGCAAACCCAGAGUUUAGUGUCCUUUGGAUGUACAAGGCCUACAAUUCUUAUCAGGUUUCUCCUUUGGCUUAAGUCUGUUAAUAUUUGAUUAUAAUCACUUAUGUAGAUCCAGAUCCACACUAACAGCUCUGUUGCAUACAAAGGAAAAGAACAAGAAUGUUAAGCUGAUUUGAGAAGAUGUUUCUCUUUCUUUGGCAGUCUUGGAGGAUAAGCUACAUGUCAGUUAGCAAUGGUCAUCUUUUGUUUUCUGUGGCAAACAAUUUCAUUAUUACUGUGAAGCACAACAUACUUAUCUUAUUGCAACUUUUUCUCAUAUUUUGAAUUGCCAAGUUUUUACCCCAUCAAUCUGAACCAUUAUAAUAGGAAAGUGACAUUGAAAUUGUAUAUAUGGUCUGCUAGUCUUUAGUGCAGUUGGUCAGAGUAGAUUAAGGAUCUUAACCUCCUGAGGAAUGAAGAUGAGAGGAUGCAAAGUUAAUGUGCAACUUUCAUUUGUCUUUCUCCUGCUUUGUUUUUAUUAAGGUAAACAUAUUUUGAGAAAACCAUAAAUUGAUAUGCUCUUGGUUCUAUUUAAAAAAUUUUUUUAUUGUUUUAAAGUUUAGAGAGUAGACUGCUUUCUUAACUUGAAUUAACACUUUAGAUACCAGAAUGGCAACACUUUGUGAUAAGACUGCUAACCAAAGUUUAGCAAAUAAGGAUAGAAAACACACACACACUGUUUGUAACUAAAAAUAUGUGACAGUAACUUGCAGAUCUGAUCUUAAUUUCAUCCUGACGGAGGCUUUGACAAUUCACAAGGCUGUACACAACCAUUGUACUUGAAGGGUUGAAAUGUGAGAUGAGGAAACAACUCAUUCCUCAAAUCAGAAUACAGAAAAUAAACCAUAUUGUACAAAACAAGUAUACUUUAUAUGUUUCAACAAAUAAUGAUAUAAUUUGAUAUUAAGAUGAAAUAGUUGGCUAGUAUUUACCUUAAUGGGUUUCUAGCAAUGAUUAUAUCAUUAGGUUGGAGGAUGAGUUAUACGUUGGCCAACUCUUAAAUGGAAAUUUUUCUAUAGUUGAAGUUGGAAAAUUCCUUGCUCAAGAAACUGCUUUCUCUGUGUUCCUACUUUUGAGAAAUCAGGACUUUAAAAAUGACAUACGGACUACAAAAAUGUUUAAUGGAAUAAACACUGUAAAUGUAUUGCAUCUGUAUGUGGGGGAGAGGAGAGGGCUGACCUUUUUUAACAGUUCAGUGUCAUCUUGCAAUAACAUUGGGAGAGUCUCAUCUUUUUACCAAACCAAAAGAAGAAUUAACA